AUGAUCUUGGUGGGGACCCAGAGCAGCAGCAAUUCUUCCAUCCUGCUGGUAGAAGUCCUGACCAGACAAGCAUUUAGAAAGUUUCUUCCACUUUUUGACCGAGUAUUGUUCGAAAGGAAUGCAGCCAAAACAGUAACCAAAGGAGGCAUUAUGCCUCCAGAAAAACCUCAAGGAAAAGUAUUGCAAGCAACAGUAGUAACUGUGGGAUCAGCCUCUAAAGGAAAGGGUAGAGAGAUUCAGCCAGUUAGCAAGAAGGUUGGAGAUAAAGUUCUUCCCCCAGAGUAUGGAGACACCAAAGCAGUUCUAGAAGACAGGGAUUAUUUCUUAUUUAGAGAUGGUGACAUUCUUGGAAAGUAUAUAGGCUGAAACAAAUCACGGUUGAAAUGGCAUCCUAUGAAGCUGCCCUUUCCACUGAAGUGGUGAAAUCUUUCAUCAUGUAAAUAAUUUCCAUGUGUCUUUUAUAAUAAACUGAUGAUAAUCUAAUAACAUCCACUAUCUCAAAAAUUUAGUUUCCCUGUACUUGUGUAAACAUUUCCAAAUAAAAUAUGUAA